UUUCGUUUUCAAUUGGCUGUAGUCUACGUGACUCACUCUCAGUGCAGUGACUCGUGUGGGAGUUCCCUGGAGUCCAGGAUGGAAGGGGAAAGGUUUUUUAUCAAGCGCAAUGAAGGUUCGUUCCUGGUCAGUGUGUGAAUAACAGGGAAGAAGCAUGGCUGUAGCAUUCCUGACUUUUAAGGAUGCUCACUCCCUCCUGAAACGAUUCCCUCGAGCCAAUGGCUACAUGGAGGAGCUGCGACAGGGGAACAUCGAACGGGAGUGUGUCGAGGAGAGCUGCAGUUUUGAAGAAGCCAAUGAGGUGUUCGAGAACAAAGAGCGAACGAUGGAGUUUUGGAAAAGUCGUGGUUCCUACACCGUGAGCAGCAACAGUGACGGGCGAUCUGAGCGCGCCGACACCGUCUACAUGGUGGUUCCUCUGUUGGGCGUGGCCCUGCUCAUCAUCAUCGGCCUCUUCCUCCUGUGGAGGUGCCAGCUUCAGAAGGCCACGCGGCGGAGGCCCGCCUACACCCAGAACCGAUACCUGGCCAACAACCGCAGCACUCGCAGCCUGCCGAGGAUCCUGGUCUACCGGGAAACGGUGGCACACGACAGCCCCCACCAGGAGUCCAACUCACACCCCACCGUCAUAGUGAGCGGCGCCGAGAGGGGAGAAGCAGGGAGAGAGGGGGGCAGAGGGGGAGGGUUGGACUCACACGGCCUUCACCAGCACAACACCCGCUCCCUGUACGUCCAGGACUCCUCCUUCUCCGUGGCCUCCCGGCUGUCUGGAGCCACACCUCCUCCGUCGUAUGAAGAGGUGACGGGACACCUGGAGAGCAGUGGAGACGAGACCGCGGCUCCGUCAUACAGUGACCCUCCACCCAAGUACGAGGAGAUAAUAAAGGAGAAAUGAGGGGCUGGAGCCACGUGUUGAGCACACCCACAGUAGGUCGUUGUCGUCCAGCGAUGUUCACUCUGAACAAACGUCACUUCAUCACUUUGAUCUUCAACAACAUGGACUUUUUCAGGUUCUGGGAAUUUGGCUCCAAAAACGUCACCCACUUUAUGUUGUCACAUAAAGGGGGUGAUUAUGAUGACCCCCCCCUCCCUGAUUGGGUAGUUCCACCCUUAAUUGCACUCCCAUGACGACACUAGGGGGAGACAUCCAGGGAGGCAGUACAACAUUUUAAAUUUAAUUGAUUAUAAAAUGUAACCUGAACUUAAAAUAAGGGAUGUGUUUUGGCAACAAUCCGACGAUACCAUACGUAUCAAGAUACAGGGGCAACAAUACGAUAUGUCGCGAUAUUUUGUGAUACUAUAGUCACGCUGAUAUAUUGAGGGUUUUUUUUUAGUCCCAGUGUGAUCCUAGUCUCAGACUCUGUUCCAUCUGAACAUCAGUUCCUAACUCUGGAACAGAGGGAUCUACAUUUGGAAUCACCAGUUAAAAUCAAGAACUGAUCAAUGACUGAGGAGAUUGAUACGGGAUCAGGAGAGGAGAUAUUGUGAUAUAUUCAGUGGAUGGAGAUUUUCUUACAUCCCAGACCUAAAAUGCCACACAGUCAAUCACAGCCCGUACACAUGAGAUCAAAGGGAUUCCCCACUUUUGUUUACAUUCAUCUUCUAUCCUAAAUAUGUCACCAAGUGUUGGUAUGGUGGUUGUGAUGUCAUCAUCUGUACAGGUGCCUCUGGGAUCUUUUCUCAUAGAUAACGUUUCACUGCCAAAAACAUGUGCUCUGCUUCACUCUGAUCUGUGUCUCUGUGCUCCUCGUCCUCACUGUGAUCCUCAGAGCGUGGACGUGGACACGUCCCUGCUCUCACGGGAUCACUGCCUGCACCAACCUGUGGGUGCCACGCCCUGUGAUGUCACUGCCGCCUUUUUAUUCACCUUCAAACGGCAGUGAAGUCCAGUGUCUCCAGUCAGAACUUCUGCAGCUCGGUGCCAAACGGACGGGACUUUAUUUGUUGCCAAAUGUGCUUCGUUCAGUACUAGAUAUAUGAAUCAGUGUGUGUGUGUGUGUGUGGACCAAGCGCUGUUCACUGUGUUUAAUCAGUACCGUCUGACACCUGGUAAUGACACCUGGUACUUUUCUUGCUGCCAAUCAGCCACAGAAUUCAUUUGUAUAUUUCUUCAAAACAACUAGUAUAUGAACAAAUACAGGAUGGUUUUUUUUUAUAAUUUCUAGUUAGAACAGUUCAAAUCAGUGUCCCAGGUGUCACUAAUGUCUAAAGAUUUUAUUGAGGAUUUCACUGCCUUUAAAAGUUCUGAUAUAAAAUUAAAAUGAGAUUAUUAUUA